AUGUCGACCUCCUCCGAGGAGGAGUGGAGCCUGGACCCCUUGGCCAGCCCCGAGGACAGCCCGCGGCGGGGCUACCAGCGCGGCCCCAGGGGCAACCUCACCAUGACCACCACCAACCAAGCCUUGGUGCAGCUGGUCUGCCAGAAAAACCUCCACCAGCCCGCCGACACGACCCUCCUCUCCAUCCUGCUGUUCUUCCGCAGGUGGGUGCUAUUAGGGAGGCGGGGGGGGGCGUUAGGUCCCACCCCACACCAGGGCCACCUGUCCUCCUGGGUGCUGGAGCUGAGAGACGUGGCUUGGGGCUGGAUGACCACCACUGAUGGCCCCAUCCAUCUUCUCGGUUCUGCGUCCUUGGCCGUAGCUGGGCGGGCGCUUCCCCAGAACAACAGGAAGCAUGCGAGCCGACACGUGUCGUGUAAGCGUGUCUGGGCGUGUCUUGCCGCACGUGUCUCCGCACGUCGGGGGCCCAGAAGCAGCUGGAAGAUCCCCCGAGGAAUGGGAAUGUAGAUUCAGAGGAUCCCGGGGGUCAUCUAGUCCAACCCCAAGCAAAGCAUCGUGAAAUCAUAGAACAGUCGGGUUCGAGGGAGGCGGGGAACCCAGCCAGAUAGGCGAGUUGUUGUUGUUACUGUUGUUGUUGUUAUUCAGUCAUGAUUCCAGAAAUGAAUUCACCAGGUGAUGCCUGCAAGGCUGAGUCUUUGCGUAAAACCGGGGAAGAAAUCAUAGGGUUGCAGCGUCGGAAGCGGGUUAGACUGGAUGACCCUGGGUGUCCCUCCUAGAAAAGACAUCAAAAUAAAAAUACAUAAUAAAAUACAUAAAAAUAAAAUGCACAAUUGCAUGGCAGGGGGUUGGGCUAGAUGACCCUGGGUGCCCCUUCCAGCUUCAUGCUUCAAUGUUGACAUUCCUGAGAUUCCCGCCCCAGGUUGUGUCCUGGCGUGCCGGCCAGCAGGGAACUGGGAGUCCUGCCAGGACCAGUAUCCGCCCAGCAGCUGGAACUGGGUGCCUGCCAAGCAGGGAGAAAUACAAAUAGAAAUAGAAAUUUGGAUUAGGAGAGGCUGGGAAGAGAUCGGCGUCUUCCUCUUCCCAGGAAAGAAGGAGGAGGUGGCGGGUUCGAGGUCCGUGCUCCAGCAUUAUCUGAUGUUCUGGUGCAUUGGGUGUGUGUGUGAGGUGGAUUAAGUUUUUCUAUACUGAGAUGCCUGCUUUUGGGGGGUUAGUCGGGAUAACCCUGGGUGUCCCUUUUGGAAAUUCCUGCAUUGCAGGAGUUUGGGCUAGAUGCUCCUGGGUGUCCCUUCUAUUGCAUAAGAAAAUACAUAAAAAUAAAUAUAUAUAAUAAAAUACAUAAUAGUAAAAUAAAACAUCUAAAAAUAAAAAAUACGUAAAAAUAUGUAAAAAUAAAAAUACAUUAAAAAAUUAUAUAAUAAAAUUGCAUAAAAAUAAAAACACAUGACAAAAUACAUAAAAAUAGAAAGGCAUUAAAAAUACAUAAAAAAUAAAAAUACAUAAUGCAAUACAUCAUAAGAAAAUAAUGAAAUACAUAUUUAAAUGAAAUACAUAAAAAUAAAAAUGUACAAUUGCAUUGCCGGGGGGUUGGGCUAAAUGCCUUCUCUUGGGGGAUUCCUGCUUUUUUGGGGUUGGGCUGGGAGAGGGUGCUAGAAGGGAGGUUUUUGGCGUGGUCUGAGCCACAACAUAUUUUGCUCCCUCCUUAUGUAAUCUUGACAUGCCCACGAGGUUUUGGCAUCUCUUGAACCCUCUUCCUGUUUUUCUAGUCCUGCGUCUGCUGGCAGCCAAGCCCGAUCUCUUGCCAGGGAGUGAGAAACAGGCAUGUAGCGAUCCAAGAAUGAUGGACAAGGGAAGGGGACCCUCAGGGUCAUCUAGCCCAACCCCAUGCAACGAAGGACCCCCUGGAAUGCAGGAAUCCCCCAAGAGAAGGGAUACCCGGGUCAUCUAGCCCAAUCCACUGCAAUGCAGAUACGAGGUUGGCAGUUGGGGCCAAGUGGGCGGAGCUUGUGCUUGGGUGGGCGUGGCCUCCCCCAGGUUAGAACAUCGGGUUAGAGCCCCACUUUGUGGCAUAGCCGUCAACUGACAGAUUUGAAAAUAAGGGACCAGCAGCCAAAAUAAGGGACCUGCAGCCUCACCUGUUCCAGGCACUCCAGUCUUCCUGUCCUCCUGCAGUCUGGUCAAACUGAUGCUGGUAGCUUCGAGAACACUGUCCAACCAACUUUGUAACCAGAGGUUCAACUGAAUAGAAUCUGAAUCACAUGCACCACAAGGCCUAUGCAGCCUCAACUUAAGAUGGCUCCCGGCCUGGCUUUGCACUGCAAAGUUUGCAGCAGCACGUGCAACAAAAUGGCGUCCAGCAUUCAAAAACCUCCUCAGCUUGCAUUAACAAGCCACACACAAGGCAUGCAAGGUCCACCCCCAGUUGUUCUUAGACUUCUUAUUGGGUGAGCAACACAGCCAAGCAACACAGUUGGAGCCUCCCUCCUCCCGCAGGGAGGGAGGGAGAGGAGCAGCUUUCUUUGAAAUUUAAGGGAUAUCAUUUAAGGGACAUUUAAGGGACAUCUAUCAAUAAGGGACAGCAGAGGGACAUGGCGCUGGAAUAAGGGACUGUCCCUUCAAAUAAGGGACACUUGACAGCUAUGCUUAGUGGCCAUUUUUUCCAGCUCUCAAAAUUCCCCCUCGAUCCAGGUGGGAGACAGGUGCGCCUCGGAAAAGGAGCCGAUCUGGGUCUCACUCCACUUUCCCUUCUUCUUUCCCCACUCUUGCUGCAGCGAUCCGGAUUCGAGGGCCAUCGGCGACAAGAUCGAGCAGGCCCUGGUGAGUGUCACCUUGAGGGGGCCCGCGCCUGCCCGCCCCACCCCCAUCCCUGCCGCCCGCCCCGCCCCCAUUACGGUUGAGAUUCCUGUCCUCGACUCAACCCCAAUCUCUCCCUGGCAGGACCUGGUGAAGACCCAUCUGGUGUACGCCGUGCGAGAGGAGGUGGACCUCCUGAAGGACCAGAUCCAGGAGCUUCUGGAGAAGAACGGGCGUCUGCAGCGGGAGAACCACCUGCUCAAGAACUUGGCCAGCCCAGAACAGCUCCAGAACCUCAAGUCCCGUCAGCCCCUGCAGGUCCGGCCACCCUGUCCUGAGGACCCAAGAGCCCGGAAGAUGAAGGUCCACCAAGACCUUGAGAUCCUUCUCCCAGGUCCUUCUAGAAAACCAAACUCCCAUCUUAGAUCUGGUUCCUCCUCUCUCAAUGCCGAACCUGGCAUUCCUCCCACUUGA